AUGGCCGAGAGCGACUCGGUGAAAAAGAAAAAGAAUUGGAACAAACAUGACACGGGACAAAGCACCGACAUCAAAGCAGUUCAGAACGGAAGUCAGGUGUUCAUCAAAGAGCUGCGCAGCAGGACCUUCCCCAGUGCGGAGGAUGUGGUGGUGAAGCUCAGUGGAGUGCAGCUGACCAUGGAUUAUCUGGAGGAGAAUGGCUUCAAUGAACCCAUCCUGGUCCAGAAGAAAGAGGGCCUGGGCCUGACCAUGCCGGCCGCCACCUUCUACAUCAGCGACGUGGAGAACUACGUCGGUGAGAGGCUGGACCAGAACCCUGACCAGAACCCUGACCCGAACGCUGACCCCAACCCUGACCCCAACCCUGACCCCAACCCUGAGCAGAACCCUGAGCAGAACCCUGAGCAGAACCCUGAGCAGAACCCUGACCAGAACCCUGACCAGAACCCUGACCAGAACCCUGACCAGAACCCUGACCAGAACCCUGAGCAGAACCCUGAGCAGAACCCUGAGCAGAACCCUGAGCAGAACCCUGAGCAGAACCCUGAGCAGAACCCUGAGCAGAACCCUGAGCAGAACCCUGAGCAGAACCCUGAGCAGAACCCUGAGCAGAACCCUGAGCAGAACCCUGAGCAGAACCCUGAGCAGAACCCUGACCAGAACCCUGACCCCAACCCUGACGAGCAGAACCCUGAGCAGAACCCUGAGCAGAACCCUGAAGGGGCAGUAGGGGCCACGCAGUGUCUGACCCCUGACCUCCUGCUGUUUCUAACCCCUAACCUCCUGCUGUGUCUGACCCCUGACCUCCUGCUGUGUCUGACCCCUGACCUCCUGCUGUGUUUGACCCCUGACCUCCUGCUGUGUCUGACCCCUGACCUCCUGCUGUGUCUGACCCCUGACCUCCUGCUGUGUCUGACCCCUGACCUCCUGCUGUGUCUGACCCCUGACCUCCUGCUGUGUCUGACCCCUGACCUCCUGCUGUGUUUGACCCCUGACCUCCUGCUGUGUCUGACCCCUGACCUCCUGCUGUGUCUGACCCCUGACCUCCUGCUGUGUCUGACCCCUGACCUCCUGCCCUCCUGCUGCCCAGACGUCUCUGUGGACGUAGUGGACGUCACCAAACAGAGCGACAGCAAAAUGAAGCUGAAGGAGUUUGUGGAUUAUUACUACAGCACCAACAGGAAGAAGGUCCUGGACGUCAUCAACCUGGAGUUCUCCGACACCAGGAUGAACUCGAUCGUGGAGAGCCCGCAGAUCGUGAGGAGGCUGUCCUGGGUGGAGAACUAUUGGCCCGACGACGCUCUUCUGGGGAAACCGAAAGUGUCCAAAUACUGUUUGAUCUGCGUCAAGGACAGUUACACCGACUUCCACAUCGAGUGCGGAGGAGCCUCGGUCUGGUACCACGUCCUCAAGGGAGAAAAGAUCUUCUUUCUGAUCAAACCGACGUCUGCGAAUCUGUCUCUGUUCGAGCGCUGGAGGUCCUCGUCCAAUCACACGGAGAUGUUCUUCGCUGAUCAGGUCGACAAGUGCUACAAGUGCACGCUGAAGCAGGGCCAGACGCUCUUCAUCCCCUCAGGAUGGAUCAAUGCCAUCCUGACUCCAGUCGACUGUCUGGCCUUCUCUGGACACUUUGUCCACAACCUGAGUGUGGAGAUGCAGAUGAGAGCGUAUGAAAUAGAGAAGCGUCUGAAGGUGAAGACCCUGACUCCCUUCUGUAACUAUGAGACGGCGUGCUGGUACGUGGGCCGCCACUUCCUGGAGAGAUUCAAAGCUUUACAUAAAGCCAACAAACAGCCGGCGCCGUACCUGGUCCACGGCGCCAAGAUCGUCAACGGAGCGUUCAGGGCGUGGACCAAGAAACAGGCUCUUCUGGAACACGAGGACGAGCUCCCUGAGAACAUGAAGCCGUCGCAGCUGAUCAAGGAUCUGGCCAAAGAGAUCAGACUGUCCGAGAAUGCAACUAAAGCCAUAAAGAGCGAGCCCAGCGUCAGACCCCCCGUGGAGGAGGCCCCGUCCACUCACUCAGAACCAGAGGACCCAGAGUCUGCAGACGAGGUCCCGUCUCCGAGCAGAGACCGGCCUCGCAAAAAGAAACCUCCCAAACCUCCCAAACCCCCAAAGAUCCCCAAAGCCCCCAAGCCCCCCAAGGUGAAGGAGGGAGGGAAGAAGAAAGCCAAGAAAGCCAAGGAGGUGUCGCCCCCCCCCAGACCCUCCAGCUUCGCCGCCCUGGAGUCUCACGCCAAAGACAUCCUGAGCAAGAUGGACCAGUCCAAGAAGGCCAAGGCUGUGAAAAAUGUGCUGAGUUCUUCAGAGAAAGAGAUGAAACAGAACAGUUUGGACAAGUUCAACAUCAGAGAACAGAACAAGAACAAGACUGAAGCAAAGUGGAAAUAUAAGAACAGUAAACCCGACUCCUUGUUAAAGAUGGAGGAGGAGAGUAAGUUCGACCGAACGCCGCUGUCGAGUAACAAAGAAAGAUUCAGCUUUAUGUCCCACAAGAAGCUGCUCAGCUCUAAGAUGCUGAAGCCGCAGAGCUCGCUGCAGAAGGAGGACAAGGCCAAACCGGUGAGAGACGAGUACGAGUACGUGUCUGACGAAGGCGAGCUGAAGAUCGACGAGUUCCCGAUCAGGAGGAAGAAGAACACGGCCGUGAAGAGAGACCUGUCCUUUUUGUCCGACAUCAAAGACCCGGUCCAUCCAAACAAAAAGACGAAGCUGCAGCCGUCUCUGAAUAAGCGCCCUCUGCUGGACACCCACACAGCGCCCUCUGCUGGACACCCACACAGCGCCCUCUGCUGGACACCCACACAGCGCCCUCUGCUGGACACCCACACACCCUGCAGGCUGUUUACGACACCGCAGAAAACCCGUCUGUUUCGCUGGAUCUCUACAGUCUACGGCUGUGGUGUCAUCGGAGACUUUGGGUUCGCGUUUAUCCGCCUGAUGUGA